AUUUAAACAGCGCCAUUUUCGAAGGAAUAUAGCCGACAAUGGCGACAGAUUCCAAGCCUCUUGAGGCUUCAAAGAAAGAAGACGUAUAUAAAAUUGGGGCAACUCGUGUACUUCAAUUAAAGCACUCACCGAUGACAAAAAUGUCAUACUACAAACAUUUUAUGAGGGAGGAUAGACCCAUGCAGGUAGUUUUAGUAGGGGAAGCGACUCAAGAAAAUGAAGAUCUGCGACAAGCUCUCAAGACUUUGGGUGUUAAGACCCGUUUAUCUGAAACAGGGAUGGACUUCAUUCACAUGGCUUCUGAAAUUGAGACAGUGUUUGUUUUGUCUGAGUUUGGGGGAGAUGUUUUUCACAAUCUCUAUAAAGCUGAGGCAAACAUUGUGGGCCCCCCUGUGAUACUGCUCUGUGCCAAAGAAAACAAGGAGAUACCAUGUCAUUCCAGACCCUUAUACUGUACAGCUAUGGAGGGAGUUAUAUUGUGCUUUACUGGGUUGGAUAAACAAGAGGCUAGGCCUUUAGCAGAAAUAGUGCACCACAUGGGAGGAAGUGUACGUAGAGAUGUUUCCUCCAAAGUUACCCACCUCAUUGCAGACUGCACAGAUGGUCCUAAAUAUAGGCUUGCCAGUAGUUUAGAAAUUCCCAUUGUGAAAACAGACUGGAUCUACAAAGUAUGGGCAGACAGGGAUGUCAUUGGAAUGAAGGCAGAUGAAAAAAUGGUGCAGCACAGGGUUCCUCCAUUCUACAAAUGCUGCUUGUGUUUUUAUGGUUUUAGUGAAGAGGAUAAAAAGCAUAUGGAAGAAGUCACUGCAGGAAAUGGUGGAAUAUUUGCUGAGAUUGGUGAUGAAGACUGUACCCAUUUAGUUGUGGAUGACCAGCAAACACCAGAGCUUCCUAAAGAUAUAGUGCUACCACAUUUUAUUGUCAGAGCAGAGUGGUUUUGGGGGAGUAUACAAAUUGAGGCAUGUUCUGAUGAAAGAUUUUAUGAAUAUCAGAAGGAAACAAAUGCUGAGUCAGUAUUUACUCCUGGCCGAUCUAUAUCUGGAUCAAAAUCACGGAAAAGAAAGAGGUUAAAGGAGAAUAUUGCACAGCUAGCUGCAGAGGGAGAGCUGGACUCCCCAUUGUACAAACGACGGUCCAGCAGUGAAUAUAGUCGUAUAUCCAUGAGUCCAAGUUCAUUUCUGGAUGCCUCACAUACUCCAGACAAGUCAGAUGCUAUAGCUGAAACAGCUGAAAAUGAAGAAAAAUCCAAAGUUAUGCCAUCUAAGUUAUCACCUAGACAACAGGUUGUCAUGGAAUUACUCCAAACAGAAAAGAACUACGUUGGCAUCUUGCACACCAUUUUAAAUGUUUUUAAAUCAGAAAUAGAAAAACCCAAUCAAUACCAUGGUGCUAUUCUGGCCCCACAAGAUAUCAAGCUGAUAUUUGGCAACAUUCCCCCUAUCUACAAAGUUCACUGUGAAAUCAAAGAGGAGCUGACAGCUAUGAUGGAGAACUGGACAGAAGAAUGCUUAGUGGGUCAGGUCAUAUCAAAACAUGCUGAAGCAAUGCUGAAGGCAUAUCCUCCGUUUGUGAAUUACUUCGAACAAACAAAAGAAACCAUAGCUAAAUGUGAUAAAACAAACACAAGAUUUCAUGCUUUCCUCAAAGUGUGUCGGAGUAAACCCGAGUGUGGUCGUCAGAGUCUGACAGAGCUGUUGAUUCGGCCUGUACAGAGACUACCCAGUGUUUCACUGCUGCUUGGAGAUAUAAUAAAGAAAACCAGCAAAGAUAAUCCUGAUUAUGAGAGACUAGAAAAUGCCAUAGACCUUGUUAAAGAAAUUAUGACACAUAUCAAUGAAGAUAAAAGAAAAACAGAGAACCAGGUUGUGAUGUUUGAUAUUAUGAAUGAAAUCGAUAACUGUCCUGCUACUCUUCUUUCCUCCCAUCGUAGUUUUGUGAGCAAGGCUGAUGUGAUAGAACUUUCAGAUGAACUAUGUGGACGAAGUCUCCCCCUCUCUUUGUUCCUCUUUACAGAUACUCUGGAGAUCUGUAAGCGUAGAACCAAAUAUGGCAGUACAGCAAAGAGCCCCGCCCUUCGGAGGAGUCCCCAGAAGCCAUACAAACAUCUGGGUCUUCUACAGCUGAAGUCAGUCAAACGGGUUAUUAACUAUAGGGAAUCAGAAGAUUGUCAGAACAGUUUUGGGAUCAUCUGUAGGUCUCAUACAGAUGACAAGGACAAGUUAUACAGCUUCAUGAUUGACGAGACAGACUUCAAUAAAUUCCACUUUCUGACCUCAUUAGCCAGGUCUAUUGCCCAGACCAGGUGUCUGGCUGAUCAUGAAGGUUUGAUAGCCACAGUGGAGGGAAGAGAUCUACAAAUCAAUACCAGUGUUCUGGGUAGGAGCACUUUCAGCAGGGCUGCUAAACUGGGCAAGAGAGUGAGUAGGGCAUUUUCCUUCAACAAAACACCGAGUCGAUUAAAGCGAGCAGUGUCCACUGUUCUCAGUCCAUUCUCCCAUGAAAACAACCACAACACAAUUAAUGUGAUGGGAACACCACGUCGUGGUGGUGAUCUCUUCAACCGCAGACAGGCCAGCUGUAUGGACCUCACGGACUCUAUAUCACUGUUGAGCAGUUACCCCAGUGCUACUACACUUUAUCAUGAGGAUGACACAGUCAGUCUCGGGGCAUUCUCCCUCCAAACCCCCAUGGAACAUUCCAGUGUGAACGACCACAACAGUAAACUCAUGAAGCCUCCCAGUUAGGAGGCAGUGAAGAUAAUUCUCAGUGCCUAAAGUGUACAAUCUUGACUCAAAUGCAGAAAGUAUUAUAUCAAAAUUCCAUUGUGAUUUUAGAAGGGUACACAUACACAUUUCAAACCACUAUUUAAAAAGGAUAGCUGUCUAGUCUUUAUCUACAUAUAUAUUGUAGUACCGGAAUCAAUAGGAAUAUAUUUCAACUUUUCAUACAAAGGAAUUGUUUCUUUGAUACAUGACUGUAAGUACAUGUGAAGUGUUUUCCAGAGGAAUGUGAUCUUAAACUAAAAGUGCUAUUUAUAAUGUACAUAUGCACUGGGUGCUGUCGUGUAAAGAAGACAGUAAGAAGAUGGAAAGAAUUUGAAGUGUCUGCUUUUAUGCAUAAUUCAAUGAAAGCUUUACUCUUUCUCAUAUAGAUCUGAUUAAAAUGUUUGUGUUUUAGUUUUAAUGGGGCAAACAAAAUACUUUAUUUGAAUUUUACUUUUGAUAUUUAUUGUUAUUUAUACCUUUUUUCUCCUAAUUGUAUUAGAUAUUAGCUAGAUGACAUAAAAAUAUUUCACUAUCCAAACUUCCUGUAAAACUUGGUAUUUAACACCCUAAAUAUUCUAGUAUUUCUUUUUUACUUUUCUCACUUUACAAAUAUAAGGUUACAUGAACUUUUACCAUUGGAUUAUGAACAGUCGCAUGAAAAUACUUAAGUACAAAUGUUGUACUUGUGUAAGGAGCAUUUGAAAGCAGGCAUCCUAAAAGUUCAAGUUUUCCACAGUGUUGAGAAAAUAUGUUGUACUUCAUAGUUUGACAAAAAGUUAGAAUUUCUUUUAGCAUCAAGAAUACAAAAUAUGAAAGAAGUGUAAUUUAACCAGUACUUAACUGAAUGUCGGAUAGGAAAGUAAAUUUGUGUGUUCUUUGGUGCAGGUGUCUUGGUAUAUUGUACUGUUUCAGUUAUUCCAUUUUUACAGAAAUGAAAUUCUUUAGUCUGGGGUUCUAAGUUUUGUCUUAUUUUUAUUUUUUACUUAAGAAGAGUAUCUUACACCUUACACUACCUUUUUUUGUUCAUUCUUUCAUAGAAUUCAUUCUCCUUUAAGGAAGCUCUAACACUGCACACUAAAGAGUUCUACUUGUGGGGUAGUUUUAUGCAGUUAGAGUGAUCUGCCCUUAGAAGUAAGGAAGAAAAAAUGAUUAUUUACUGUUAAUUGCACAAUUUGUAAUAGAUUAAGAUAUUCUUAGCAUUAUAUUAGAUCAAGAAUAAGUAAUUGAAAUCAUUAUUUCCAUUAACUUUCCCGAUCUGAGGAAACAACAGAAUUUCUGUUCACGAAUAGUCCAUUGUCUUUGAACAUUUUUCCUGCAAAAAUAAGGCAGGUACCCUCUGCUGAAAAUGAACUAAAUAAUCUCAAUAUGCACACUUAUAUAUGAUAGAUUUUUCUCCAAGUCCAAAAAAGCACUUUUAGUAAGCGUUUAGAGCUUCCUUAAUUGGUCCAGCAUACAUAGAGGAUGGUUACUCCUAACAUUUAAACCCAGAUGCCUUUGAUUUUAAAAUACAUGUGAUAUCGAUCAAUUUUUACCCUCCAUGAUACCAUAUUUAGUUUUUUUUUUGUAUAUUGUAUGAUACUUGUAAAUUAUGUAUAAACAUAAGUGUGUGUAGUCAACAAGUAGUAUUACAGAGAAGGUUGUGUAUAAUCAGUGUAGUGCCAUAGCACACCGUACUGAAAUUAAAAUGUGCGAAAAUGCCUCUUCA